AUGGAGACGAAGGAGAGUAUGGGUGACAUCAUGAAGUCUUCAGCCUUCGCGCUGACUGAAGCAAAAUACGCUGCUGGAGACAGGGUCAAGCACGUUGUUUUUGAGAACGUCGAUCAGGCCAUUAUCAAGGUUCGCGCGAAGCAGGACAAUGUCGCUGGCGUGAAGCUGCCGAAAUUUGAGCAUUUCGCCGAGGCAGGCGACAGCAAGAACGAUCUGACUGGUUUGGGUCGAGGAGGACAGCAGAUCCAGCUUGCGAGGUCGGCAUUCGUCCGUGCUAUUGAGUUGCUGGUUGAACUGGCAUCUCUGCAGACAUCCUUCUUGACACUGGACGAGGCCAUUAAGACAACCAACCGCCGUGUCAAUGCGCUUGAGAAUGUGGUGGUGCCUCGCCUGGAGAACACGAUUUCGUACAUCAAGGGAGAGCUUGAUGAGUUGGAGCGUGAGGACUUUUUCCGCCUGAAAAAGGUGCAGGCUUACAAGAAGAGGGAGGCUGACAAGCUGAAGAAGUUGAAGGAGGAAAGAGAAGCCGAGGAGGCCAAGGGCCCCAAGGCGAUUGCGGACAAGUCCUGGUCUGCAACAGCCACCGAAGAGGAUGUUAUCUUUUA